CUUUCGUGGAAUGAAAUAGCAUUCAUUUGAAUUCUAGAACUAUUGCCAUAGAGAUAUAAAAACGAUUAGAUUAAAUUAUCAAUUCAAGUUUCCAAAACUUUUUUAUAGCUAAUCAGUGGUGAAGUAAGGGCGUAUCAUGUUCGACGGCACAAUAUGGUUCCUUAUCAUUGGAUUGACAAUAGUACAUGGUUCAAAUUGGGUUUGGCAAUGUGAAGAUGGAUAUUGCAAAAGAGAGAGUGGACAAACUGAAAGAGACGGAUAUUCAGCCUUAAAGUUAUGUCAACUCGUUUGUUCCAAUUAUUUGAAUAUUUGGCCUUAUCCAACUGGGGCUGUCAAGUCAUCAAAGGAGUUGGUUAACAUAAAUACUAAGAGCAUAAUCUUCCAUUACAAUGGUCCGACUGAAACCGUAGCAUAUUUAACAGAAAUUACAAAAUAUUUCGAAGGACAUCUCAAGAAGGAUGAACCAUUUUCUUGUGAAGAAAAUCUAUACAAUCUUAAAAUAACAUUUACGCCUUUGUGUAAAGAAAUCACGUCAAAUUUAGAAACGAAUGAGUCGUAUACAUUAACAUUGGACUCCAUAGGUAACGAAGUAAAUGUCAACAUUAUCGCACCUACAGUUUUUGGUGUCAGACAUGGUUUGGAAACUCUAUCACAAAUAUUAGUAAGUCAUAAUGACGAUGGAUCAAAGUGUUUAUCAACUUUAAGUAAUGUUCAAAUUACUGAUCAACCAAAAUAUCCACAUCGAGGACUACUUAUUGAUACCGCAAGAAAUUAUUUGAGUGUCGACACGAUAAAAAAACAAAUUGAUGGAAUGGCCGCUUCAAAAUUGAAUGUACUACACUGGCACUUGACUGAUUCUCAAAGUUUUCCUUUUGUUUCCGUAAGAUUGCCAAACAUGACUAAAUAUGGAGCCUACAGUUCAAAAAAAAUCUACACUCCUGAAAAUAUCAAAGAUCUAAUACAAUACGCAGAGUAUAGAGGAAUAAGAAUCAUCAUAGAAAUAGAUGGUCCUUCCCAUGCCGGUAUGGGCUGGCAAUGGGGCCCAGAAGCUGGUUUAGGUGAUCUGGCAGUCUGCAUUAAUAAACAACCAUGGAGAAGUUUUUGUGUUCAACCACCGUGUGGACAACUUAAUCCAGUGAAUGAAAAAUUAUAUAUUAUUCUAAGGAAUUUAUAUUCAGAUAUAACAGAUAUUUCACCAGAUAGAAGAAUGUUUCAUAUGGGUGGAGAUGAGGUUUUUAUUCCAUGUUGGAAUUCAACUCCAGAGAUUUUAAAACAUUUACGAGGGAAACCUUUAAAUGAAAAAACCUAUCUAGACCUCUGGGCAGGUUAUCAAAGAAAAAAUCUGGAUGCUUAUGAUACGGCGAUUGGUCAUAAGAAUACUUCAAUAGUAGUAUGGACAAGUCAUUUAACGCAGCCAGAGUUUAUAAAGAAUUAUUUACCAAAUGACAGAUACAUAAUACAAACUUGGGUACCCGAAAGUGAUAAUGAUCUAAUUACUGAUUUGAUAAAGCUUGGAUACAAACUGAUAGUUUCAACUAAAGAUAGGUGGUAUCUUGACCAUGGUUUCUGGGGAACAACUAACUAUUAUAAAUGGAAGACUGUCUAUGAAAAUCCAAUAUAUGAGAAAUAUACGAAAGCCAUAUUGGGUGGCGAGGUUUGUAUGUGGGGAGAAUUAGUCGAUGACUCUAACAUAGAUUCCAGAAUAUGGCCAAGGGCAGCGGCAGCAGCUGAAAGAAUGUGGUCAGAUCCUGUAACCACUGCCGAUUAUGCUCAAACAAGGUUUUUUGCCCACAGAGAACGCUUAAUUGAGAGAAAAAUAAGUGCUGAAGCCGUCGUUCCUCAGUGGUGUGCUGAAAACGAAGGAGAAUGCCAUUCAUAUUUAUAAAAUUAAAUUUAUAAAAAAGAAACAAUUAAUUUUAGUUUCCCUCUCAUAUUUUUAAUUCGUUGGCUGACAUAGCAGAUACAAUAACUAAAUAGGGGAAAGGAGGGUAAGACCGGGUAGCGGGGUGAGAUCAGGUACAAUGACUGUGUUGCUACUACUAAUGCCAACUGGUGCACAGAAUGUGAAAUACAAUCCGUAAGCUAAGACGACUUAGCACAGUUUAUUGCUAAAGAAUCAGUUAGCUCACUAGGACUAG